CAUUUCUUUCAAACCCCACUCGGCACUCACUUCAAGAGAGGAAAUUCGGUGAGAAACAGAGAAAGGGAGAGAUUUAAUUUUCAUAUUUUUGUUUGUGUAAAAUGGCCGGAAUUUCGAGCAUCGGAGUGUUGCCGGAGGACUGUGUUUCGGCGAUUCUGUCACUCACAUCUCCCUCCGACGCCGGGAAAUUGGCCCUCGUGUCGUCCAUGUUUCGGUCCGCGGCGGAAUCCGACGUAGUUUGGGGGAGAUUUUUGCCGGAAAACUACGAGGAAAUUGUGGCAGCGUCUGAAAUGUCCGGUGAGGCUCCGUUGAGAUCGAAGAGAGAGGCUUUCUUCAGACUGUGCUCUCCGAUCCUUGUGGACGAGGGUAAAAAGAGUUUUGAAUUGGAGAAGUUAUCAGGGAAGGUUAUAUAUAUGUUAUCAGCAAGGGAAUUGAGUAUCACAUGGAGUUCUGAUCCUCUUUGUUGGACUUGGAAAUCUCAUCCUCAAUCAACAUUCCCAGAAGUGGUGGAGCUAAGAACAGUGAGUUGGUUAGAGAUUAAUGGGAAAAUAAGAACCAAAAUGCUAUCUCCAAACACAAAAUAUGGAGCUUAUCUUCUGUUCAAGAUUUCAGAGAGAGCUUAUGGAUUAGAAUUGAUGCCUGCUCAACUUUCUCUUCAAUUAUUCCCAAUUAAUCAACCAAACACAAACAGUUCUAAUAAUAAUCAUAAUAAUUCAGAAGCCUACGUUUGGCUGCACCAUAAACAUCAUGAUCAAAAUAACCAAAGUAAUUUGGAGUCUUUGUUAUAUGGUAAUAGAAGGGAAAGAGCCACUAAAUUCAUACAGAAUCAUCUUCAGAAUAAGGAAUUUAGGGUUUUGAAUCAAAGAGAAGAUGGGUGGUUGGAGGUCGAACUGGGUGAAUUUUUCACAACACAAAAUGACCAACAACUCCAUAUGAGUUUCAUGGAAACAGAAGGCUUUCAACUCAAAUCUGGUCUUCUUAUUCAAGGCAUUCAAAUCAGACCUAAACAUUGAGACGAACUCAAUUUCCAAUCAUAAAUUACCUUUCUCUCUACAAUUUGUUGAUUUGAAAAAGAAAACAACAAAUAAUUGUUUGAUUAUUGAUUAUUUUAUUCGUUAACUAAAAUCUACGACCUUGUAAUUGAGUUGCUAACGAUUUGAUACGAUCUCUAUUUACAAUUAUGUCUGAAAUAUGAUCAACAUUUUUUUUUCUUCUAUUUUUAUUAUUGUAGAUUUCAAUUGAUCAAUGUAAUGUAAAAGAUAAACACUAAAUAUAUUGUUUUGUGUUUACUAA